AUGAACCGCUAUGGCUCGCCAAAGAAAGCUCUCCAACUCUUCCUCUACUUCGUCCCUCCCGGAACGGAACCAGGGAGGGUGCUAUCGUCCCAGACGAUUGGUGUCGAGUUUUCGUCGAAGAUCGUGAAAGUAGGUACAGGAUCACGGCGGAAACGGAUAAAGUUACAACUAUGGGAUACCGCUGGUACCGAACGGUUUCGAUCGGUGUCUAGAUCUUAUUAUCGUGGAGCUGCUGGAGCUAUCCUCAUAUACGAUAUUUCAUCUUAUACUUCUUUUACCGCUCUUCCCACAUUCCUCAUGGACGCUCGUGCUCUGGCAUCUCCUAAUCUCACAGUUAUCUUGGCGGGGAAUAAGACUGACCUUAUUGAUGAUCCUGUCAUGGAUGGAAGUUCCUUCGACGAUAUCCAAAGACCCCCGGCCACCCCUUUGAGCUCCUCUAGCAAGCAGUCGUCCUUCCCAUUUGAUUCAGGUGGUGGCUCGGUUCGUUCUGUCACUGGGCCUAGUGUUGGGACCAGAAUGACAGCGACGGUUGCACCCCAAGGCCGGGAAGUUAGUGCCAAGGAAGCAUUGGAUUGGGCCACGAAGUCGAAUAUUCCUGUUGCUGUCGAGGUUUCGGCCCUAUCUGGGCAGAAUGUUGAGGAACUAUUCAACCGGCUGGCUCGAAUCAUCCUCACGAAAAUUGAGCUUGGCGAAAUAGACCCAGAUGAUCCACAAAGCGGAAUACAGUACGGCGAUGGAGGGGCGUGGGCUUUUGGUACUAGCGACGGCGGCAGUGUCCGAAGCGGUAUGACAAUCGAUGACAAUAAUGUCCAGCUACACAGAAGGAGAAAUAAAAAGGGACACGGAACCAAUCCUUGGACGAAUGCUGUGGGAGAAUGGGAAGACGACGUGUUUCGGGUGAGCGGCUCAAAUCAUAGGCAAGGUCGAGGAUGUUGCUGA